AUGAAGCCAGUUCGAGGCUCACCUGCACCAAUUGAUCCAAACACAGGGAAUAAAACGACUGUCAAUGACCGAGCGACUUCGGGAUACGGCCUCACAGACCCAGGUCGCCAAAAGCCAAAAACACUUCGAUCCCAGCCUUCCGAGUCGAACAUUGUUCGAUUGAAGCUCACAAAGCCAAGGCACUCCAAAUCCAAUCCCCAAGAAGUGGACUGGGAUGAAGAUCUCCGUCCUACACCCAAUGAGACAGUGGAGAAUAGAGGGACCCAUGGAGGAACCUCCGUUGCCGAUACAGACCCAAACCGACCAAAGACAGUUGGCAAAAACAAAGGAAGCAAGCGAGCAAUGCCAUCAAAGCCACAAACAACUUCGGCAAAACGCAGGAAAUCGAACACGAGGAAGAACACUAUCAGCAAAGAGGGCGGCACCAAAGGGCCACAAUUGCCAUUGGUAACGCUUACUGCAAGCACUUUGCCUCCUGCAGACCAUCUGGGAAAUAGUGGGCCUUCUGAUAUGGGUCCAUUGGACGGCCAAAGCAAAGACUAUGCCACGAGGCGCAAUGGACAUGUGCCUGAAGCUUCGCACCAAGCUUCACCACCGACAGAUGGCCACAACAAGCAUGGAAAUAAGAGCAAGGGGAGUGUGAUCGUCGAGAUAAGAAGCUGCACAUCGGUGACAACUGAGUCAUCCUCGGAUUUCGAAGAUUAUGGCGAAGGGCCAUCCCGUACUUCAAAAGUCAGUAUUUUAGAGCAUCGGGCACAAUCCAAUGGACAAACAAACAAAGGCAAAGCUGCUCAUGUGACACCCGAAGUAUCCUCAAGUUCCGGCGUCGAUACUAAAGGGCCGACUACUUCAAAGCUCACCAUCCUGGAGUCAAGGGCACUUCCCAAAGGACGAAAUAGCCAGACCAAGGCGGUUCAUGGAAAGAGUCAUCCCAAACAUCGUGGCAGAGCAGAGAGUGUUGGCAACAAACUGAUGCUUGCGCUCCACGGAGCGGAGCCUUCUCAGAAUGAACCAGUCAAUGGUCCAACCGCUCCUCUCAUCAUCUCAUCUGAUCCAGUACAACCUGAGGAAUCUCCGAGAAAGCAGCAGUCCGACGAAAUGCUGACCGACACAGUGUUGGAACCUCCAAAUAUUGAAUGCGUACUGGACAGAACAAUUCCAGUCGAACUGAAGCAAGACCAAACCGAGCCUAAAACUGUCAAUCCAGCAUUGAUUACCAAAACGCUUCCGCCCAAGGAAGAACAGAUACUACAACAGGCAGAUGACGCAUCCUUCUGGCAGACCCUGGGCAAUGACAGGUUAUCUAGUACAGCGAGCUCUUCAGAAUUUGAGAUCGGCAGAGGCUUGAUGGGUGACGGUCCUUCAAUCCUUGAUUACCACAUGGAAAUGGAACAUAUUCCCGGAUUCGCAACCUUGCAACCCAUGAGAUCCGCACCGACCACCUCCUCACAUGCCACUAACAUCUGCGAAAGCCAGGCAAAUAGCUCGUUGGAGACUUCAAAUGCAGGAAAUCUCGAUGAUCUCACAGCAGGACAGAUUGAGGGACGUGGGUUUAGCCAUACUCCGGAGUCCCAAAAGCCUCUUCUCACCAAUGAAUCCCCAAUGGAACUGAAUGCCGCGUCUCCCCAGCCCCCAAAAUCAGUCCCAAAGACUAGCAUUGUCGACAGCAACGGUAGUCCUCGACUCGUGCCUCAGUCAGCCAAGAGCAUGGUUGCGCCUCAGUUCGAGCUGGACGACGAAAAGCACCGCGAAGAGACAACCAGCAACACUAAUACCAGACUAAGUGAAUACGAUCGAGACUCGUGCAGCAUUUCCACCGAGACUAGAUAUGAGGGGGUCAUGUGGACCAAGUUCCAGAGAGACAUGUUCUUGGAAUAUGGGAUCCAAACGGAAAACCUGGCGAGAUCUCACCCGUGGCCGUCAUAUCCACAUAAAAAGCACCAGCCCUCGUUUUCUCAGGACACUGCUGAUGAGGACAACUCCGAGAAAGCAUCGACGACCAAACCAACUUCUUCACAGAGAACGAUCGACGAGAGAGCAUUAGGUGAUGCUCCUUCAAAGAAUCAUGGGUUUGACGAAUCAUUCCGAACAGAUAUAUCGGGGUCAACACAGCCAGCUUCUAAGUCGCACCAACCCUCUACGAUGGGCGAUCAUGACGAUAUGGAAUGGAUAUCAACCCUACAAGUGGCGCAGAAGGACGCACACCACCUGGUCCAACAGACCAAUUCGCAUUUGUCCACUCAGCUGGCGGCAGAAAAGGCCACUAUCAGUCGAGUCCUGGAGAUCUAUCGAGAGGGAUGUAGUCGGAUGCUUGACGACCUGUUCCAGGCACAAGAAGCACGAAUGCAGCUAUACCGGCAGCAGAUGCAAUCUGUUAAGGAACAACAUGCAGAUAUAUGUCAAGAUCUGGUUCGUGGAUUGCAGGAGCUCGACCGUCGCGUACAACAAGGGCCAAUCUGA